UGCAAAAGCAGACCUCCCCUUCUCUCUCUCUCUCUAAAUCCCCGAUUCGCCCCCCCUCCUCUCUCUAAACCUCACCGCCUUCUCCAUCUUCGUUGUACUUUCUCUCUCUAGAAAAUGCGUGAGAUUCUUCAUAUUCAGGGGGGCCAAUGUGGCAACCAGAUCGGGGCAAAGUUCUGGGAGGUGGUUUGCGCCGAGCACGGUAUCGAUUCGACGGGUCGAUACCAAGGUGACACGGACCUGCAACUGGAGCGGGUCAAUGUGUACUACAACGAAGCCAGCUGUGGCCGGUUCGUCCCACGCGCCGUCCUUAUGGACCUCGAACCAGGCACCAUGGACAGCGUCCGAUCCGGGCCCUACGGUCAGAUCUUCCGACCCGACAACUUCGUGUUCGGGCAGUCUGGUGCCGGCAAUAAUUGGGCCAAAGGUCACUAUACUGAAGGGGCUGAGCUCAUUGAUUCUGUUCUUGAUGUGGUUAGGAAAGAGGCAGAGAAUUGUGACUGCCUUCAAGGAUUUCAGGUCUGCCACUCUUUGGGUGGUGGGACUGGCUCAGGCAUGGGAACUCUUCUUAUUUCCAAGAUUAGAGAAGAGUACCCAGACCGAAUGAUGCUCACUUUCUCUGUGUUCCCAUCACCAAAGGUGUCUGAUACUGUCGUUGAACCUUACAAUGCAACACUAUCAGUUCACCAACUUGUUGAAAAUGCUGAUGAGUGUAUGGUUCUGGACAAUGAAGCUCUCUAUGAUAUUUGCUUCCGAACCCUAAAACUCACUACACCAAGCUUUGGAGACCUGAAUCACCUGAUUUCUGCCACCAUGAGUGGGGUAACUUGCUGCCUUCGAUUCCCUGGUCAACUCAACUCUGAUCUCCGCAAGCUAGCUGUCAACCUCAUCCCAUUUCCUCGUUUGCAUUUCUUUAUGGUUGGGUUUGCUCCACUUACCUCUCGUGGGUCACAGCAAUACCGUGCUCUUACUGUUCCCGAGCUCACCCAACAGAUGUGGGAUGCCAAGAACAUGAUGUGUGCCGCUGAUCCCCGCCAUGGCCGAUAUUUGACUGCUUCAGCUAUGUUCCGUGGCAAGAUGAGCACCAAGGAAGUUGAUGAGCAGAUGAUUAAUGUGCAAAAUAAGAAUUCUUCCUACUUUGUGGAGUGGAUCCCCAACAAUGUUAAGUCUACUGUUUGUGAUAUCCCUCCAACUGGCUUGAAAAUGGCAUCUACUUUCAUUGGAAACUCCACCUCAAUUCAAGAAAUGUUCCGGAGGGUGAGUGAACAGUUCACAGCUAUGUUCCGCAGGAAAGCUUUCUUGCAUUGGUACACUGGGGAGGGCAUGGACGAGAUGGAGUUUACUGAGGCGGAGAGCAACAUGAACGAUUUGGUUUCCGAGUACCAGCAGUACCAAGAUGCAACGGCUGAUGAGGAUGGCUAUGAUUACGAAGAUGAAGAGGAGGAACUUCAGGAGGCCUAGGUAGUGUUGAUGUUUGGCUUCUUCCGGUUGCUUAUGUUGUUGCAUUGUUUGUGUUUUGUACUUGAAUACUCCUUGUAUUGGGUUUGGAUUGUGUUGAUGUGUCUCUUGUUUGCUCAUCUAUCAUAGGUACUGAGUAAUGGUCAUAUGUUUAGUUUGUUAAUGAGUACUCUUAGGUGAGAAAUUUCAGUAGGAACACAUACUAUGUUAAUGCGUUACUAUGCAAUCUAAAUCUAAUUUCUGGAAGGAAGUUUGCUUUGGAGUGUUAUUCGCUUGGGAAGAAUUAGUGUACUUUGAUCAUAUUUUCCAUUCUGUGAUGUUUUCCAU